CAAAAUUUCAACAGAGAGGUCACUCUAUCCUUCCUAAAAUCCAUCAGAAUUCACAGAAUUUCACAUGAAACCCUUCAGUCUCUCCAAUCCCACAACCCCUCCGUUCUGAUUUUCCAUUUUCUUGAACAUGCAAUUGCUGUCCUCAGCAAUUCGAAUACCCUCACAGCCACCUUCACUUUCCCAGCUAAAGCCCCAGUCUUUCCCGCCAAAACAUCACCUUCCUUCCGGAAUUAGCUUGUACAAACCGACAGGGAUGACUUCUCUUUCCAGGUUCAUUGCUGGGUCGGUAACGGAACUGGCUGCCGGUGCUGGUACUAAUGAGGUUAGCACGCUGAUGGAGUAUGUGGGUAAGGGAGGAAUCAAUGUGGGAGAUGAUUUACUGGUUUUGCUUUACCAUAUACAGUAUGCUUGCAAGAGGAUUGCUGCUCUUGUGGCCUCUCCUUUCAAUUCUGCUCUCGGGAAACACUCCACCGGAGGCGCCGGUGCUGGUGGCUCCGCCCGGGAUGCUCCAAAGCCUCUUGAUCUUGUUUCAAAUGAAAUCAUUUUAUCCUCUCUUAGAAAUUCAGGAAAAGUUUCAGUUAUGGCAUCAGAAGAAGAUGAUGUUCCAGUUUGGAUAAAUGAUGACGGUCCAUUUGUGGUGGUACUGGACCCUCUCGAUGGUUCUAGAAACAUAGAUGCUUCUAUUCCCACUGGAACAAUUUUCGGAAUUUAUAAUCGCCUUGUGGAGCUAGAUAAUCUACCCACUGAAGAAAAGGCAUUGCUGAAUUCACUACAGAGUGGGAGUAGGCUUGUAGUUGCUGGCUAUGUUCUGUAUUCAUCUGCGACAAUACUUUGCACUAGCUUUGGUUCAGGGACGCAUGCAUUUACCUUAGAUCAUUCAACUGGGGACUUCAUCCUCACACAUCCAAGCAUUAGAAUUCCUCCUCGAGGUCAGAUAUAUUCGGUGAAUGAUGCACGCUAUUUUGACUGGCCUGAGGGUCUGAGGCAAUACAUUGAUACUGUAAGACAAGGCAAUGGCAAAUACCCUAAGAAAUAUUCAGCACGUUACAUAUGUUCUUUAGUUGCAGAUUUCCAUAGGACUCUCUUGUAUGGUGGCAUAGCAAUGAAUCCAAGGGAUCAUCUGCGCCUGGUGUAUGAGGCAAAUCCUCUUAGUUUUCUUGCAGAGCAAGCUGGAGGCAGAGGUUCUGAUGGUAAAAGUAGGAUUCUUUCAAUGCAACCUGUCAAGCUGCAUCAGAGACUACCUCUCUUUUUGGGGAGUCCGGAUGACAUUGAUGAGUUAGAAAGUUAUGGAGAUGUUCAACAGAAAGUAAAUCCUGGAUAUGAAGUUUGAUGGUUUGUGAUCUCCAACUGUUGUGAUGAUAUAUAUCAACCUAGCUCUUUAUUUCUUUUUGUAUCUACUUGAAGUUAAAAGUUUCACUUUUGCACUGUUUAAACUUUGUUUCCAUUUGCUUAAUAUCUAGACAUGGCAUGAAAACUCUCAUAUAAGAGAAUAUAAUGUGGUACAGAUUGUGUAGAAUAUCAUCUGUAUGUUCUUUGUUUACUUUUUCUUGGCAUGUAAAGAAUGCAUCUUCCUGUUUUCUAACUAUUACAGAAAGUCAUGGAAAAAGGAAAAACUAACAAUGAAAUAAGCAUCUUUAAGUCAU